AUGCGAGCGCUCCCUUGAUACCACGUGACCUGCGGCCAAAACAAUGGAUGACGGCCUCUGGCACGGGCCCUCGCUUAGGGUGGCCGCCUGCUUUGCGCAGGCCAUCCUGUACGUGGCCUCCCUCUAUGUCUGGAACUCACCUUUCAACAGGGACCAUCCUUCAACCGUAAAAAGACGGUUUCUCAGUGCCUUUAUGAUGAUGCUCAUCUCACCCUUUUUUGUAUACUUUUUCUCAACAGAAAAGCUUCUGAGCAAAGCAAGCUUGUGGCAAUUACUAGGAUUGCGCUUUGAAGGGUUGUUGACUGCGGCGGUUGUGCCUCUCCUGCUGACCGCAAUCCUCUUCCUUGGCCCCAUAGCCAUGGCAGUUCACACGCUCUCACCUAGACAGAUGCUCAAUCCAUCACUAUUUAUGCCUGAUGUGGCUAACAUUUUUUGGCUGCGAAACCACUUUGUAGCGCCUUUGUCUGAAGAGUUUACCUUCAGGGCAUGCAUGAUGCCUCUGCUCCUCCAAAGUAUGACACCCACCGCAGCUGUGUUAUUUUGCCCAAUUCCUUUUGGAGUAGCACAUUUUCAUCACAUGAUAGAAAGGGUGAAUACUGGAGUGCCUUGGAAAACUGCAAUUAUAGUUUCAACCUUUCAGUUUUGUUACACAACCAUUUUUGGGGUGUACUCUGCAUUUUUAUUCUACCGAACAGGUCACAUGGCGGCCCCGUUUGUAGCUCACGCGUUCUGCAAUCUGAUGGGCUUCCCUGAUUUUGGUGCCCUGAUGGCCCUGGAACGACCUCUUCGUACCAAGAUGGCCACUUUGUUGGUACUCGGUUUGGUGGCGUGGAUCGCCCUCCUGCUACCUUUGACAUGUUCCAGUCUUUACCAAAACAAAAUGGUCUGGACCACCACUACUGACGUCUGAAAUUUUUAAUCUGCAGUGAUAUUAGAUUUUAAAACCACCGCUUCGAACAAAAAGUUCGAUAAUAAUGCUGAUUAGUUGACACUGUGUGCCAUUUUUGAACUUAUUACUACUACUGCUUAUUUAACAAGUUGUGAUUUUUUUGUUCUGUUUUCUUUUGUUUUACAGAUUGUAAACAUCAUCAAUGUUGGUGUUGAAUUUCCUCUAUUUCUCAAUAUAAUUCUCUGCCUAAUUUAUUAAUGAACUAUUCUCAAUCAGUCCCAAAUUCCACUUGUUUAAAAUGGUAAAUUUAAUGAAAUCCAGAGGUCGAUCCAAGGAAAUUUUUUAUUAGCAAUCAGCAUGUUGCUAGCUUUCUAUGAGUAGUUCUUGUCACAUUUCAUUUACUUAUAUGGUACG